AAUGACCAACAUGGAAAACAUUUCCGGCACGGAAACACAGUAUGUAUAUUUGUACAAGAGUUUAGUGUCUUUUGCAUUAUUUGCUUCGUCGGAAGAGAGGGGUACGUCUGCAGGACGUCUGUACGCGUUGGUCUUUUGAACCGUGUCUUGAAAAUGUCCACCUCUGCAUGGUCUUUUGCACUUUUUCUGCUGCUACGGGGACAGUUCUGCUGCGGAAACGACGAAAGCGGUUCAAAACCAAUAAAUCCCUGCUGUCACUACCCCUGUGAGAACUGGGGAGUGUGUAUGAGGAUUGGCCUGGAUGACUAUGAAUGUGACUGCACCCGCACUGGUUACUAUGGAAAAAAUUGCAGUAUCCCCGAGUUCUGGUCCAGAAUUCAUGAUUUGCUGAGGCCCAACCCAGAUGUGGUAAAUUACAUCCUGACCCACUUCAAGUGGCUGUGGGACAUCGUCAACGCGACCAGACUCCGAGACUGGCUCAUGGGUGUGGUCCUGACCGUGAGGUCAGAUCUGAUCCCCAACCCUCCAACCUACAACACCAAGUAUGAUUACUUGAACUGGGAGGCAUAUUCCAACAUCACCUUCUACACCCGAAUUCUGCCGCCCAUCCCUCAGGACUGUCCAACCCCUAUGGGGGUUAAAGGAAAACGUGAGCUUCCAGAUCCAGAUGAGUUGGCAAAUAAACUGAUGCUGCGGAGGAAGUUCCGCCCAGAACCUCGUGGAACCAACCUGAUGUUUGGCUUCUUUGCCCAACAUUUCACACAUCAGUUUUUCAAAACUAACCACAAGAUUGGAUCAGAAUUUACCUUAGCUCUGGGGCAUGGGGUUGAUGCUGCACAUAUUUAUGGAUAUAGUAUGGAUCGACAGUUAAAACUCAGACUUCUCAAAGAUGGAAAGCUUAAGUACCAGGUGAUUGACGGAGAGGUUUACCCUCCGACGGUAGCAGAAACAGAUGUGUCCAUGAUCUAUCCCCCGCACGUCCCAGAAGAGCAGCGCCUGGCAAUUGGCGAGGACAGGUUUGGGCUACUGCCAGGCCUCACCAUGUAUGCCACCCUGUGGCUGCGUGAGCACAACCGCGUCUGUGACGUCCUGAAGGCGGAGCACCCCACCUGGGACGAUGAGCAGCUGUAUCAGACCGCACGGCUAAUCAUCAUCGGCGAGAUCAUCCGGAUUGUUAUUGAGGACUACGUCCAGCAUCUGAGCGGGUAUAACUUCAAGCUGAAGUUUGACCCAACACUCAUGUUUGGGAGCACCUUCCAGUAUGGAAACCGAAUCGCCCUGGAAUUUGCCCAACUUUACCACUGGCACCCACUGAUGCCUGACAGCUUUUUCAUUGAUGGAGAUGAGAUUCAGUACCCCCAGUUCCUGUUCAACGCCUCAGUCCUGCUCAACCAUGGGGUGGACAAGCUCAUACAUGCAUUUACACGGCAACAUGCUGGUCAGAUAGGGGGCGGUUACAAUAUGAAUGCUGCUGUGACAAAAGUUGCAGCAAACACCAUUAGGGAAUCUAGACAUUCUCGUAUUCAGCCCUUCAACCAGUACAGGAAGAGGUUCCACCUGACACCCUACACCUCCUUCAGACAGUUCACAGAUGAUGAGGAGAUGAUUCAGACUCUAGAGGAGAUGUAUGGUGACAUUGAUGCCCUUGAGUUCUACCCUGGCCUGCUUUUGGAGAAGACAAGGCCUGGUGCCAUAUUUGGUCAGAGCAUGGUGGAGAUGGGUGCUCCCUUCUCUCUGAAAGGACUCAUGGGAAAUGCCAUCUGCGCACCACACUACUGGAAGCCCAGCACGUUUGGUGGGCAGGUGGGGUUCGACCUUGUCAACUCGGCCACACUGCAGAAGCUUGUCUGCCUCAACACAAAGACGUGUCCUUAUGUAGCAUUCCAGGUUCCCCCUGCUGAUUUUGAUGAGCAGAAACAUGCAAGAGAACCUUACUCUGAGCUUUUGACCAUGACAACGCUGGAUGACAAGCUGCUUGGGGAGAAGCUGCAGUACUACUGCAGUAGCAGUGAAGAUGAAGACAGCGAUAAAGAGGAAGAGGAAGGGGAGGAGAAGACCAUUCGCAACCCCGAUGUCCUGGAGGAGAUUGAAUACAGCCCGGAUGGCAGCGCCAUAAACACAGGGCCCAAGGGCGUGAUCAACGACUGGAGGAAGUACAAGCAGCUGGAGACGGAGCAGCGGCAGGAGCAGAAGAAGGAGAUGGAGAGGCUGAUCAAGAAGCUGUCCAUGAGCUGCCGCUCGCACCUGGACGAGGAGCGUGACAAGGAGAAGCAGAAGGAGCUGCAGGAUAAGAUCAAUGGAAAGAUGACCUUGCAGGAGUACAACAUGCUGCAGGAGGACGAGGACGACGAGGACUUCCUGGAGCAGUACCGCAAGCAGCGCAUCGACGAGAUGAGGCGCCAGCUGUACAGCGGCAAGCGCUUCGAGCAGGUCUUCGAGCUGUCGAGCGGAGAGGACUUCCUGGAGGCCGUGGACAAAGAGGAGAAGGGCACACUGGUGAUGAUCCACAUCUACGAGAGCGAGGUGCCGGCCUGCGAGGCCAUGAGCGGCUGCAUGCUGUGCCUGGCGCAGGAGUACCCGCUCGUCAAGUUCUGCGCCGUCCGCAGCUCCGUCAUCGGCACCAGCGCCCUCUUCACAGGCAACGCCCUCCCGGCGCUGCUGGUGUACAAGGGCGGAGACCUCAUCGGGAACUUUGUGCGCAUCACCGACCAGCUGGGCGAGGACUUCUUCGCAGUGGACCUGGAGGCCCUGCUGCAGGAGUACGGCCUGCUGCCAGACAAGACGGCGGUGAUCCCCACCUCCAUCCGCAACGCCGCCAUUGCGCACCUCGCCCAGAGCGACGACGACAGCGACCUGGACAUCGAUUAGCAAGGCCGCACCCCACGAACCACAGCAAAAAAAAAAAUAAACCUCUAAAGGUAGAUAGAUACAUGCACAAGGUCCCCUCUGUUUGUUAAUACUUGCAGCCCUGCAGUACCCUUACUCCCGUUUAACAGAAACAUUCUGCACGUGGGUGUGAACUGCAGGGUCCUUCUGUAGAUGUGUGGUUGUGUUAGUAUUUGUUUUUGUGUUCCUUCUCCUAAAAGCUCAGAGUAGGGCUAACCCCCACCCCUUCAUACUGAAAUACUCUGGGCCUGGGUCCAUGAGCUGUAACUCUCUUCUGUGCAUGAACAACAGAAGCGGCCACAGUCAAUAACUCCAGAGACGUGGUCCAUUUCAACACAAAGUCUCCAAUACCUGGUGAGCCUCUGCAAGGUGUUUUCAAAUGGUUUCCCCUGCAGACGUGAAGACCUCCACCAAUGUUGUGUAAAUGUACAUGCAGUGCCAAGGCUUUGACCUGUUGCAUCUGUGGUAGCUGCUUAAUUUCAGUGCAGAGCGUUGUCCAUGCAGUCCAAAGCCUGGCAUCCUUAGCAUUUAUGAAUUAAAGUAGUUACUGUUUACAGUUUAGGAUUAAGAGUAAAUAACCCCUGCGCACGUGGUGUUGGCAAAGGCAGGAAGAGACCAGGUUGGCUCUUGUUCUGAACUCAACAGUAAUGUCGGCAUUACCAGUCAGGUCAGUGCAACCAAGUGGACCCUAAUGCCUAAUGCAUCCCAACAGAGUUACUGGCAAAAAUAAGUAAGUGAAUGCAGCUUAAUAUCUGGAAAUUGUCCACAACAACAUGGUUUUCUCAUUGAUAUCCAAUAUAUGUAAGUAUAAUAAUGCAUACUGUAGCUGGAACAUUGCAUGCUGAGAGCAAUAAUCAUAUCAUGCAAGGCAUUCUGCCUAUGACUAUACAAGAUUUGAUGAAAAUGGAUGUUGGACUGAGCCAACUUUUGAUUUCAAUAAAGUUUGACCACUUUCAAACUGUCGAUGUAUUUCAGGUGGUGAAAUUUGGUACAGGGAUAUUUUGUAAGUAUGACGAUUUCUAUCCAGACUGAAGGCUCACAAUAGUGGCCAGUAAAACAUCCUGAACCUCUUAGACCUCGACUCAUUUCCAGUCCAUCUGAAAACUAGUUUCUGUUGGACUCCUGUACGGUUGUUCUAGCUGCACGAUAGAAGCUGCUGAGCAUGAAUUGGUAAAUUUCUCCUUUCUCUCUGUUUCUUACACAUGAUGUUACAUGCGUACAUUCCACUGUAAAGCGUGUUUGCAUUAUUUAAUUUAUUAUCAAAGAGGAAUGUUGUAAAUCUCAACCUGCAUGUAUAGUAACUGCAGUAGUAACUGAAAUGAUAUAGAACUCUAAGAAACAAGAUGGCAAGUUCAAACCCUUUGCUUAAUCCUGUAUAAAGGGACAUUUUCUUAGUUUUAUACCUUUUGUAUGUUUACCAGUUGGAAAAAAUGCAAAUAAAUUAUUAUGCCCACUUGA